AUGGCUGGAAGCGUUACGUUGACUUUGAUUCUGACACUGACGAUAUUCACUGUCCAAGUUUUAUGCGCCAUGAAGCCAGCAGAAGUUUUGCGUCAUUCGAUCACGCGACACGGAUAUCCGGUAGAACUUCACAAAGUCACCACCCAGGACGGCUACAUUCUGUCCCUGGUCCGAAUUCCAGGCAAGUCCGAUAAACCACCCGUACUGAUUAUGCACGGUUUGCUCAGCUCCUCGGUAGACUGGACCGUCCAAGGUCCGGACAAGUCCAUCUCUUUCCUUGCCUCGGACGAAGGCUACGACGUUUGGUUGGGGAAUGUGCGUGGCAACACGUUCUCGAAAGAGCACAAAACUCACAGCAGCAAGGAUCGGGAAUUUUGGCGAUUUAGUUUCCACGAGAUCGGUCUGUACGAUCUACCCGCCAUGGUCGACUACAUCCGCGGGAACACUUCUUCCGACACCAUACACUACGUCGGACACUCGCAAGGUGGCACAGCGUUCCUGGUGAUGGCAAGCAUGCGCCCGGCGUACAACAGAAAGUUCGCCAGCGUGCACCUGAUGGCACCGGCCGCUUACAUUUAUCACGCCACAUCUCCGGCAUUUGAUUUCGCCCGCCGGAUCGAUGAGCUGGAAAUGUUUGCCAAGCUGACACGAAGCUACGAGAUCGGUGGACGUGGUCCGGGAUCUUCGGUGGAGCUAGUGUACGCCGGUCAUAAGACGGGUCUCGUACCGACGAGCUUGGUGCUGACGAACAUCUGGUACCUGGUGGGUGUGCAUGACUCUAUCAACCGUACGGUUUUGGGCGAAAUUCUCGCCAACACACCAGCCGGAUGCUCCGUCUAUCAGUUGCUCCACUAUGCCCAGAACUAUUUGGCGAAAUCAUUCCAACUCUACGACUACGGGCCGGCCGGUAACGUUCAACGCUACGGUUCGAAAGUUCCACCGGAAUAUCCGCUCCACAAUGUGACGGCACCGAUCAUGCUGUACUACAGUGCGGGUGAUAACUUUGUGCCGGCAGAGGAUGUGGAAGAGUUGGCUGAUCAGCUGCCGAAUGUGGUGCACAAGCACAGGAUUGGGUUGCGCAAGUGGAACCACAUCGAUUAUCUGUUCGACGCAAGCGCCCAUCGGCUUUAUCGGAUGAUUGUGGCUUCACUGAGAAAUCAAUCUGUGGAUGAAAACAGUCGCAAGUGA